GUAGCUUUGAAAAAUGAUGCAGCUGGAGGAUCCUUAUUCAUUCUAAUAUCUCUCGCAAAGUAAGAACUACAGGAGAUCUUUUUCUUGACCACCACUAGAUCUAGAAGAAGAAGUACGGACCCUACAAUUAUAUAUAGAUACUACACAAAAACGACAGUAUUCGCUGCAUGAUUUAAACACCGUAUCUACUACUUGAUCGAGCUUCUAUUUCUUCGCUUUUUCACAAAAAGAGUCUAUCAAAAAAAUGGCUACGACAGCUGAGCAGGAAGCGAAAAUCCAUCGCUGCGACCAGCGACGACCCGAUAUUCGGUUUCACUACCGAGUUGCGGGUGCUUCAGCAACGUCGAAGGUUGCCGAGUCAGUAGCAGCGCUCUCACCGGCAUCUACCUCAGCCAGCUCUUCUCAGCAGACAACUCCAGAGAAGAAAGAUGGAGCUCGUAGUAACAACGCGCAGGAGACAGCAGGAGAAGUCGAAGUCGAGGCUUUUUUGCGUCAAGAAGGUGCAGGAUCAACGAGAUUCGUGGGUGACACCUCAUCAGUGCUAUGGCCCGUCGCUCGCUAUCUCUGUAACUAUUUCUGCGAGGGCUUCCUCUCUGGUACACCAGGAGCAACGAAUCAAGCACUGCCCAAAUCAUGCCUGGAAUUGGGAUCCGGUACGGGACUUGUGGGCAUUAUCUGCGGCCAUAUCGGUGUCGAAAAUGUAGUACUCACGGAUCAAACGCUUGCACUCUGCGAGGAAAACAUCGAGCUUCAGCCAGAGCACGUCCGCCAGAGACUAUCGUCAAAGAAACUGGUACUACUAGUCAUGAGAAUUACCAUUACGUAUCAUGAGCUCGAUGUUGAUGUAGAUGAUGUAAAUGCGCAUUGCGCAACAAAAGUAUUAAUGAACUUGAACUACAAUUUGUUUCACAACUCUGAUUAUCUUUCCCAUCGAAAUUGUUCACACCAGCUUUGGGGCGAUUUUUCAUCUCUGACCGACGAAGAGCGAACUAACGGCUACGACAUGGUCGUCGCUUCAGACGUCAUCUGUCACCAAGAUAAGACCGUCAUGGAGGCCUUGGUCUCGACAAUCGCCGCACUCUUGUCACCCAAAGGAACAGGCUACGUCGCCUACGAAUUCCGUGAUGACUGGUGGACAUGCAGCACUUUUUGCGACCUGUGCGAAAAAAAAUACGGCCUGAAAAUAGAAUCCCACUCCUUGGAUCCCGAGGAUGAGGACAGCGAUUACAUUCUCUACAAACUCACCAGAAAAAGCAAACAGUAACUAGUCGUUCUAGGACGAUGUGAUUGUGAUCCCAACAAAUGUGUCUUUAGAAUAGGACGGACAGCACCUCCUUGAUCGAUAUCGCAUGCCUGAAGCCGGAGCAAGGCGAUUGCCGUGAUGUUUAUGCAACCUCGCAAAGACCUUCCUUUUGCCCCGAUAAGGAUAAUUGAUUCAUUUUUCGACUUUGUUUGAAAUUGAAUUUGGUUCUCCGCUGGUUGUAUGACUACUGUAGUG